CCCUCCCCUAUGCAUAUUUUGCACAAGCCUGACUCGCACCAGGAUCCUGAAAUGCAGGCGGGGGCUGCUCUGCCACUAUAGUUCUAUGGGCCCGCGCGUUCAAAGGGGAACCCGAAGUGUUGCUACUCAAUGUGUCGGAAGUUUCAAGACAAAGACAAUAGGAGUCCCUCCAGAGGCGGGAGGUUUUAGAAAAGGGAGGAGGGGUGUGUCGGUGGAGGAAAACGCCCCCCCUUUUUAUUGCAGGAAUGGAAACUGGAUUAACGAUUUAGGGAGGCAAGCGGCAGGAGAGGACAAAGAGUUACCUGCUUAAGCACAAAUUGAGCUGGCGAGAGGGUCGUCUUGCCCAUCUCAAAAGUUUGACUUCCUACUAGGGAAGAGGGGGGUGUUGAAAACCCACACAGGACCCCCUUCCUCCCUGCAGAAAAGUAACCUAUCACGAAAGCCAACAGAGAAGGCAUUCAGAAUUCUGAGGGGCCACCUGCAAUUUCAUUGGGAAAAACAAAUAAAAUGUUUAGAUGAAGAAAAUAUUUAGACAUGUGGAAUGCGCUUCAGUCAGUCUGCACGGUUAUCACAUCAAUGAACUCAUACAGUGGAGAAACCAUUUAAAGGCAUGGAGUGCGGAAAGAGCUUAAGUGGUAAUGGAACUCUUGCAAAAUGUCAAACUCAAACUGAGAAGAAACCAUUUCAAUGUAUGGAGUGUGGAAAGAUCUUCAAUCAUAGUUCGCACCUUACUGUACAUCGUCGAACUCACACGGGUGAGAAACCAUAUAAAUGUUCAGAGUGUGGAAAGAGCUUCAGUAAUAAUGGAGCCUGCAAAAAACACCAACGAAUUCACACAGGGGAGAAACCAUAUAAAUGUUUGGAGUGUGGAAGGUCCUUCAAUAAUAGUGGAAACCUUACUGUACAUCAACGAAUUCACACAGGGGAGAAACCAUUUAAAUGCACACAGUGUGGAAAAUGCUUCAGUUGUAGUGGAAAACUUACUUUACAUCAACGAACUCAUACAGGAGAGAAACCAUUUAAAUGCACACAGUGUGAAAAGUGCUUCACUAAUAGUGGAAGUCUUAAUUCACAUAUCCAAACUCACACAGGAGAAAAGACAUUUGUAUGUAUGGAGUGUGGAAAGGCCUUCUGUCAUAGUGGAUCUCUUAUAACACAUCAGCGAACACACACAGGAGAAAAACCAUUUACAUGUAUGGAAUGUGGGAAAGGCUUCAUUCAUAGUGGAAAUCUUAAUUUACAUCUACGGUCUCACACAGGGGAGAAACCAUUUAAAUGUACAGAGUGUGGAAAGAGCUUCAGUCAAAGUGCACAUUUUAGAAUACAUCAAGUAACCCACACAGGAGAGAAACCAUUUAAAUGUACGGAGUGUGGAAAGAGCUUCAGUUAUAGUGGAAAUCUCGAUAUACAUCUACGAACUCAUACAGGGGAGAAACCAUUUAAAUGUAUGGAAUGUGGAAAGAGCUUCACUCAAAGUGGACAUUUUAGAAUACAUCAACAAAGCCACACAGGGGAGAAACCAUUUAAAUGUAUGGAGUGUGGAAGGAGCUUCAGUGAUAAAGGAAGUCUUACAAAACACCAACAAACUCACACAGGGGAGAAAACUUAAAAAUGUUUGGAGUGUGGGAAGUGCUUUAGUGAGUGGCGCUCUUACAAAACAUUGUCAGACUCACACAGGAGAUAAACCAUUUAAAUGUAUGGAGUGUGGAAAGAGCUUCACUAAGAGUGGAAGCCUUGCAAACCAUCAACAAACUCACAGAGGAGAAACCGUUUAAAUGGAGUGAUGAAAGCACUUCAGUUAUAACUGAAUGCUUACGAAACACCCCCUGCCCUCUCAUGCGGGAAAAACAUUCUAGUUGUAUGGAGUGUGGAGAGUAUUACCCUCAGAGUUCGCUCUUCCCAUGACAUCACGGACUCCUAUAGGGGGAAAUUGAUGGUGUAUUUGAUGUAUUUGGUGUUUCCAUGUAAAGCUAUACAUAUAUGUGUUAAAAUAAUGAAAGUAAUGUCUCACAACAAUAAGUUUAAUAAUAUGUAAUGUACUGUUAGAUAGUGGGGGGAGUGUGAAUCUGCUGAUGUGAAUGAUGGUGGGCUGAGGAAAGAGACAGGGAGAGGAAGGAAGGAAGGAAGGGGAGAGAGAGACAUAACAUUAAGAUUGCAUUUUGGGAAAGAUUAUGGAAAACAGAUCUGAAAUUCAUGGCAUGUUGACGCUGAAAGAAAAUUAUAUGAGAAUGAUGUACCUGUGGUAUUUAAUUCCUAGUAAGCUACCAAAAGGGAUGCGGGUGGCGCUGUGGGUAAAACCUCAGCGCCUAGGACUUGCCGAUCUCAUGGUCGGCGGUUCGAAUCCCCGCAGCGGGUUGCGCUCCCGUCUUUCAGUCCCAGCGCCUGCCAACCUAGCAGUUUGAAAGUACCUCCGGGUGCAAGUAGAUAAAUAGGGACCGCUUACCAGCGGGAAGGUAAACGGCAUUCCGUGUGCUGCGCUGGCUCGCCAGAUGCAGCUUGUCACACUGGCCACGUGACCCGGAAGUGUCUGCGGACAGCGCUGGCUCCCAGCCUCUAGAGUGAGAUGAGUGCACAACCCAGUCUGGCAAGACUGGCCCGUACGGGCAGGGGUACCUUUACCUUUAAGCUACCAAAAAGGGAUGUGGGUGGCACUGUGGUCUAAACCACAGAGCCUAGGGCUUGCCAAUCAGAAGGUUGGUAGUUCAAAUUCCCGCGAUGGGGUGAGCUUCCGUUGCUCGGUCGCAGCUCCUGCCAACCUAGCAGUUCAAAAGCACGUCAAGUAGAUAAAGAGGUAUCACUCUGGCAGGAAGGUAAAAGGCGUUUCCGUGCGCUGCUCUGGUUCACCAGAAGCAGCUUAGUCAUGCUGGCCUUAUAACCUGGAAGCUGUACGCUGGCUCCCUCAGCCAGUAAGAUGAGCGCCACAAUGCCAGAGUUGUCCGCGACUGGACCUAAUGGUCAGGGGUCCCUUUACCUUUAUGCUACCAAAAAUGUAUAGAACAAGUACAAAUAGGUGCUGGGAGUGUAAAUAAGAAAGGUACCUUUUAUCAUAUGUGGUGGUUGUGUAAGGUAAUAAAGUC